AUGACUGAGAAAUUGGUACCUUCUCUACAUGAUCACAAGGAUGAUUUUCACAAGCGUCUGUCCUACACCACCCACAAACUAGAGAUGGUGGAGUCUGAGUUCGACUCCACCCGUCAGUACCUGGAGACGGAACUCCGUCGAGCCCAGGAAGAGUUGGAGAAAUUCACUGACAAACUACGCAGGAUCCAGAGCAGUUAUGCAGCUCAACAGAGGAUCAAUCAAGACCUGGAGGACAAGGUGCACAGGACAUCCCAGCACCAUGAAGACGAGAAAAGAGCGCUGAGUCGGGAGAUCAUCGUCCUCAACAAUCACCUCCUGGAGGCCAAGAUCACCAUUGAAAAGCUCAGAGAGGACAACGACCUUUACAGGAAGGACUGUAACCUGGCAGCACAGCUCCUCCAGUGCUCCAAGUCACACCACAGAGCCCACAAGCUAUCCGAGCUGCCCAUUGACUUCCAGGAGCGGGUGAGCUCCCACAUAGAGAAGCACGGAUGCGGCGUCACAAUGGCGCUGUGCCACUCAUCCUACUCCGAUGCUGUGCCCACCGCCGUCAUCGCCAAGGUGCUCGAGAAGCCCGAGCCGGACAGCAGCUGCCCAGUCACCCGCUCAACCAGCCCUCAGCCAUUGGUGGAUGAGGGCCAUGACCAUGACUUCAUGACCAAUAGCGUGGGCGGUGAAAUCCUUCAGCGCCGUACCGCCUACCUGUACUGCAGCGACACGGCCCUCUACUGCCCUGAGCGCUGGCAGGAGCGCAGGCAGAGCGUAGAGGUCCACGGCCUCCCCAAGGGUCUCUUCCUCCAGGCCCAGAACUCCAACCCUCAGGAGGUGGCCUUCCAUUCAGGUAACUUCUCCCAACACAGGGCCCCCUCCUUCCACGGAGAGUUGACGGUGGGCUCCUUGCCGGCCUCUAGCUCCUACUCCAGCUUCAGCCAAGCUUCCGAGGAGGAGAAGGGAGGGGAAGGCUGCGGUGGCGGCCUCAGCAACACCAUGUCCUCCUCCCACCAGGCACUCUACAUGGACUGGCGGGAUGGGGGGUACGGUGAGCGCAAGAGCACCUCUUCUUAUGAGAAGGACAGCCCUCCCAGCCACAGCCUCUUCCCCAUGUCCCACAGCUUCCAGCACAUGGCGAUGCCGCCUUCCCCCAACCCCGCGAAAGGCGGUGGCGGCUCUUCGCCAGCGUAUGUGCACACGCCGUCCUGCGGCUACAGUGAGCCGUACCACUCGCCUCACCUAGCAUCGUCGCACACCGUGGGCUCGGCCCAGGGUGGAGGAGGACCCCAGGCGGUGGAGCGCUCUGACAGCCAGGCCAGCAUAGGUGUCCCCACCGAAGAAGAACUAUCUGGAAGCUGGAGGCAGCUGAGUGUAGAGGACAUCAACUCGUACUCCUACAACUGCAAUCCGGGCCGCAUGUCUCCCUACAGCUUUUCCGAGCAGCACUUCACCAUAGGCCCAGCCAAGCUCAAACUGGGGCCGCUCUACAGCAGCUUCCAGGAGGGGGACGACAACGUCUCUCUCCACAGCCAUGUGCUGGACCAGUGCUUGGCCGCUGCCGUCGGUGGUGGCGGACUCUCACCCAGUCCCAAACACCCCAGCAUGGGCCUGCGGGGCAAGCCCCAGCCCCUUUACAGAGCCAAGGAGGACAGCCAGGACUCAGAGUGCAGCCAGUUCUUCUCAGGAAGCUUGAAGGACAAGGAGAGCGGGGCGGCUGGAGCGGCACGGGGGACCAUGAACAAGGAACAUGUGGAUGUGAGCCCCAACAGCUUGGCCGAGUCCUUACACCACCAAAGCUCCCUGGAAGCUUCCGGUCUGCAGCAGCAACACUACCAGAGGGAGAGAGGGAGGCCCAGCCUGAGCCUAGCUGUUCCCAGGAAGAGUUCUCAACACCACCAAAAAUUUGAAAGUACAGGAACAGGACUUAACAGGAAGGACAGUCUUACCAAGGCCCAGCUGUACGGCACCCUCCUGAACUGA